AUGACUACUUUGGGCAAUCUUACACCCCCAAGCACUGUAUUUUUCUGUUGUGAUAUGCAAGAGCGAUUCCGGCCAGCAAUCAAGUACUUUGGUGAUAUCAUCAGUGUGGGCCAACGACUGCUCCAAGGUGCACGGCUCUUAGGAAUUCCAGUUAUUGUAACUGAACAGUAUCCAAAAGGUCUUGGCAGCACUGUGCAAGAAAUAGAUUUAACAGGAGCUAAACUUGUGCUUCCCAAAACAAAAUUUUCAAUGGUGUUGCCAGAAGUUGAAGCAGCAUUAGCAGAGAUCCCUGGAGUCCGCAGUGUUGUCCUGUUUGGAGUAGAAACUCAUGUCUGCAUCCAGCAGACAGCAUUGGAAUUAAUUGGCAGAGGUUUGGAAGUUCAUAUCGUAGCUGAUGCCACCUCAUCAAGAAGUAUGAUGGACAGAAUGUUUGCUCUUGAGCGUCUUGCUCGUACUGGAAUUAUAGUUACUACUAGUGAAGCUAUAUUGCUGCAGCUGGUAGCUGAUAAAGAACAUCCAAAAUUCAAAGAAAUCCAAAAUCUCAUUAAGGCGAGUGCCCCUGAGUCAGGGCUCCUUUCCAAAGUUUAAAGAGCAUGUGGAGGAAGUGGAUCUCAUUGUCAUCUUCAAGGGGGAAGCAAAGCUGUAAGCGCACAUGUACCCCUCUUUCACGCAAAGUUUGGCAGAAGUGUAAAAUUAAUAAUAGACAUACUCGUGCUUGCCUUAGCAAAAUUGUCUGGUUGUACAUCUGGGUGCCAGUAGGUUCUGUUUAGUUACAGGUAUCAGGCUUUGGGUGCCAUAGGACCCAAAUUUGUUAUCAAAUUUCCCUAUU